AUGGGUCUUCGUUUCCACUCCAUGAUUCCCAAUUCAAAGCAAAUUCACAAACUGCUGUCUCUUCUUAGUAGAAAUCAUCAAUUUUCAGAUGUUCCAAAGGGCUAUAUUGCAGUCUACGUGGGAGAAAUUAAGAAGAAACGCUUCGUGAUUCCCAUAUCGUAUCUAAAUCGUCCUUCAUUUCAAGAUUUGUUGCAUCAAGUGGAGGAAGAGUUCGGAUUUGAUCAUCCAAUAAGGGGAGGCCUAACAAUUCCAUGCAAUGAAGAUGUCUUUAUUCUUCUCACUUCCCAACUUCAUCUUUAAUUUCGCGAUACAAAUUUGAAGUCAUCUAUCCGAAAUAAAUAAAUAAAUA